AUGGAGGCAACGACAGAUCUGCAGGACACAGCCUUCUUAACUCCGAAGUUUGAGUUUAACCCAAAGCUGGGCAUUGAUAAUCCUGUCCUCUCCCUGGCAGAAGACCAGGGCCCUUCUGAUCCUCAGAGUUUGGCACGGCCUCGCUUUUGUCUGCUGAGCAAAGAGGAGGGCGGGAGUUUUGGCUUUCACCUGCAGCAGAGGCUGGGCAGCGCUGGGUCUGUGGUAUGCAGGGUGGAUCCAGGCACUUCUGCCCAGUGCCAGGGGCUUCGGGAAGGAGACCGGAUCCUGGGGGUGAACCGUGAAGUUGUGGAACAGGAAGAAUAUGCAGUGGCGGUACGUCACAUCCGGGCCAGCGGUCCUCGGGUGCUGCUCACGGUGCUGGCACAACACAUACAUGAUGUGGCUCACCAUCAGCAGAGCGAUGUCCACCUCUGUCCUACCCUUGGCCCAGGUGUCCGGCCCCGGCUGUGCCACGUAGUGAGAGAUGAGGGCGGCUUUGGCUUCAGCGUCACCCACGGUGGUCGGGGUUCUUUCUGGUUGGUGCUGAGUUCUGGAGGAGCAGCUGAGCGGGCAGGGGUGCCCCCUGGGGCCCGACUGCUAGAAGUGAAUGGGGUCAGUGUGGAGAAACUCUCUUAUAACCAACUCAGCAAGAAGCUUCGGCAGAGCGGAAAGCAGGUGACCCUGCUGGUGGCAGGGCCAGAGGUGGAGGAAGAGUGUCGAAGGCUGGGAUUGCCGCUGGCUGCACCGCUGGCAGAGGGCUGGGCACUGCCCGCCAAGCCUCGCUGUCUGAACCUAGAGAAAGGGCCUCAGGGCUUUGGGUUUCUACUCAAGGAAGAGAAGGGCCUUGAAGGUCGCCUCGGGCAGUUCCUGUGGGAGGUGGACCCAGGUCUGCCAGCUGACAAGGCCGGGAUGCAGGCUGGGGACCGGCUAGUGGCUGUGGCUGGGGAGAGCGUGGAGGGGCUGGGCCACACGGAGACAGUGUUCAGGAUCCGGGCCCAGGGCUCUUCUCUCUCCCUCACUGUCGUCGAUCCAGAGGCUGACCGCUUCUUCAGCAUGGUUCGCUUGUCCCCACUCCUCUUCUUGGAAAGCACAGGGGACCCUGCCUCUCCCCAGGACACCUGCUCAGCCACUCUGGUUGAGAUCAGGGACCCCCUGGUUGAUAUUACCACUGUGAGUCCUGAUCCACGUGGCUCCCGCCAGUGUCUACUGCACCCUGGGCCUGGCGGUGGUUAUGGCUUCCGGCUCUGCUGUGUGGCCAGUGUGCCUCAUCUCUUCGUCUCCCAGGUGACCCUAGGAGGCUCAGCUGCCCGGGCUGGGCUGCAAAGAGGAGACAUAAUUCUGGAGGUGAAUGGGUAUGCUGUCAGUGGAGAGAAAGACCUGGAAAGGCUUCAGCAGCUGGUUGAGGAGGAGCCACCCUUGUGCCUGACACUGGCUGCCAGGUCUCAGCAGGGCUUGGAAGCCUGGAUUUUUCCAGGGUCUGAAGAGGAUGGGGCACUGGCCUCGGAGCGUCUAUAGAACUUACCUGCGCUGCACAAAUCUACCCAGUGAUUUCAUUCUAGCCUGGGGUGAUAGGAGUUGGGUA